CAAUGUAUCGACAUCACCGGUUGGUCCUUAUACUGUGAAAGCCAAAAUAAAACGAGAUAAAACUUUUCUCUCGGACCUGGAAUCACAUGGCAGUGAAAGAAAAAUACAGCUUAGAUUAAAAAAAGCUUAUUUACUUCCGGGUGUAAUGGUGUUUGGCACCCGGCGUUGUGCGCGAGGCUUUUUCUCUCUGUUCUUUCCGUGGGUCGCGAGCGGGCUGUAUCACUUUAGCCGACUUGCUAGCUAACGUAAAGAAAGUGGAGAAGACGGAGGCUAAACGGGAGCUUUAUCCGCCUACACAGACCUAUGCGACGGAUAACAGGUCUUGGGCUUCGUCAACAACAGCAUACGUAGCUUUAGCAUCAAGGUGAGUGAUGGAGACGAGAGAGUUGACCGUGGUCGCUGGCAGCUUUGUGGGUUUCCAGUUCCUCUUCUCGGUGGCCAGCCCUCACUUCUCCUGGAUCAUCACGCCGGGGUAUGGACGUGUUCCUCUCAACAAACGCACAGAGUGGAACUCCAGGUUGGUGUCGACUGUGCACGCUCUGAUCGUGGGUUUGUUCUGUCUGUACAUCCUGUGGUUCGAUCACGUGGUCAACGCCGAUCCCGUCUGGGGCGACCCCAGUCUCGUCAAACUAAAUGUAGCCAUAACCUGUGGCUACCUCCUUUAUGACCUCGUGCUGCUGGCCACUAACUGGAGCACGAUGGGCGACGGCUUCUUCGUCUGCCACCACUUGGCGGCGCUGUAUGCAUAUGGAUAUGUUCUGACUCGAGGCGUGCUUCCCUACUUUGCAAACUUCCGCCUCAUUUCAGAGCUGUCCACACCGUUUGUGAACCAAAGGUGGUUCUUCGAGGCGUUAAAGUACCCUCGCUCUCACCGCCUCGUCGUUAUAAACGGCGUUGCCAUGGCGGUCGUCUUCUUCCUGGUCCGCUGCGCCGUCAUGCCGUCCUAUUGGUCCAGCGUCUUUGCCACUUUCGGCACGGAGGCCUUCACUAGGCUGGGCCUCGCCGCUCAGGUGGCGUGGAUCUCCUCCUGCAUCGCGCUGGACAUCCUGAACGUCAUCUGGAUGUACAAGAUCGCCCGCGGCUGCUACAAGGUGAUCAAAGGAAGAUGGGGGGCGAGGAAAGGAAAGGAGGAGGUAUCGGAGAAGGAGGUAACAGAGAAGGAGGUGGAGAAAAAAGACGGGAAGCACGUCAACAACCACAUGGACUGAAGAGAGCGAAAGGAAAUGUAGGAACAGGAAGUAAGGAGGAAGGGGAAAUCCUCACAGACCCACGUGAUGGUCCUUUAAGUCCCGACGCGAGACAAAGAGACUCUCGAGCUCCAGCCUUUGCAGCUCAGUGUUGGGACAGAGGCAGAAAGCACACUUUUAACUCCGUCUGUCACCUUUUCGUUCGUCCUUUUACCCAUCAUAUAUCCCCCCCUCCUUCAGCCUCUGAAGUGCCUGCGAAAGACAGGAUUUUUUUGCAGGAUCGCAAAGUCUGACCGAGCCUUCAGAAGACGACCAUCUCUCGCUGAUUUCCCCCCCGAACAUCCUUCAUCUACUCCGUCCACGCUCGAGGAGACGCUCCCGUGUGCAGUGUUCGUGAAUCUACAGGGCUCUCGUCUUAAAACUCAUCAGACCUCACGAUAUACAAAAAGAGACAGAAAAACACCAUAAUGCCUCUUCUACAGUAUCACCUGCUGUGGCCUCCUUGUAAGAAAGUGGCACCUGCCUAUUACCAGCCAUGCCCCUCCAACGCCCCGUGAACAAUUCGGAUUAUAUAUAUAUUAAAAUAUUUAGAAUAUGCAUGCAGGAAAGACACACUCUCCAACACCCUGUAGGUCCUGUGUCCACAUAACGUCUUUUUCUGCACUGAGCAGAGGCUUUUUUCAAUGUUUCUGGGAUGAUAUCUCGACAACUUUUGAUAUUUUUUCCAUUUGACAUCAGCUGGUAGAUCCGUGAAAGUAGGGCGAUCCGCGUACAAAUCAACGCUCACCGGAGAAAACAUCAAUGUACAUUAAAUUAGCUUUUUUGGUUAUAGCUGUUUCCCUGGUAAAAAACCAAACUUCUCGUCUUUGUACGGAGGGCAUUCGCGUACGGAGAUAAAAGUUCAACACUAACAAUAGAGAAAGACAACAAAUACGCUUUUCUGUCUUUUUUAUAAUGGAGAAACACGGCCUAAAGCGAGCUUCUCCUCCACAUACGUCGGGUGGUCUGUGUACUACGAUAACAGUUUAGCAUUUAACGGAGAAAACAUCCAUGUACAACAAAUGAGCUUUUCGGUUUUUGUUAUGGUUGCUUCCAUCUGAAAGCAGUCAAACACAAGCUUCUCCUCCACGUACGGGGGGGGGGGGGGCAGCAGCAAUCUGCGAUAAAGAGAUGGAGAUAAAGGUUCUACAGAUGGUUAUACAGAUCACAGUAAAAAAACAUUCAUGCAAAACAAAUGAGCUUUUGGGUGUGAUCUGUGUAUGGAAACAAAAGUUCUGCUGAGAAAACAUUCACCGUAGAAAACAUCCGUGUGCAACGAAUUCGCUUUAUGGGUUUUGUUUCCGAUUGAAAGACACGGUCAAACACGAGAUUGUCCUCAUCCUACGGAGGGCGGUCCGCAUAUAAAAGUGAAACACUCACUGGCAGCAACAUUCAUGUACAACAAAUUCGCUUUUUCGUCUUUGUUAUUGUUUCUUUCUGAAUAACACAAUCAAGCUUCUCCUUCAAUUUCAAGAGUGACGUCAAUAGCUUCUUUCUGAAAAGUCAGUCAAGUUAAUAUCAACUCGGAGCGUUUGUAGCGGCCACACAAAAAACAGAGGGUGAGCUUUUAGAAAUAAGAGAAAAGAGAGAAAACGCCUCUCUGUGGACACGGGCUUCUCACAGGACAAUUUUUUGCCUUUUCAGUAUUCAUUGUGUCGGCAUCGCCCAGCUGUAUUUUUAUUUUACCCGCCCUGAAGUUACAUCCAAUUCAUUUUACAUCCAUCGCAACCCUCUGCCUCACUGGAUACUCCACUGGCCAGCUUUUGGUUGUGUUCUACCUCUCCCCCUGCCUUACAAAGACCUCCCGCCGUCAUGAGAAAACUUUUUUUGUUGUUAUUCUUUCUAUUGUACCGAGUGAUUUUAGCCUUUGAUAUGUUAUCUGUUGUGAUAUCACUGAUUCAGAGGGACACCUUCAACCCAGCCAAUGCAGUAAAGUGUGUCUUUCUAAAGAAACACCCCCCCCACAAUGGAAGUCUUUAUACUUCCUCUGAUCACGUUUUUUUGUUCUCCGUGACUCUGAGAAUCUAAUCUUACAAGGGAAAGGGAAAAGUCCACAAACAUUUGGACUUUUUUCCCCCACUUCCUUUCCAAAAGUUGGCACAAUCAUAGCGUGCAAACGAUAUAAUUGAAGCCCUUCAGAAACACUGACAUGGUGCUCUUUUUCUUGCAGAAUGUCAGCAGUAGGAAUGCUAGCAAUACGACAAUUUCUUUCCAAACGUUUCUACAUAAUUUGGAUGUAUCAAUUUAUGGCAAUCUGCAUGUUGUUUUUCUUUUCUGUAUAAAUUGUAAAUCACUUCAGAGCAUGGUAACAUAUUUCUGUGAUGCCUUAGCGACUAGUCAUGAUAGAUGAAUAACAUCUAGAUAUGAAACUGCAUUAAUCCGAUGCUUAAAAAGGGGUUUGUCUUCCAAAAUGUCUCGCCUCUCGGAGCGGACUGAAUGCAUGUAUUUGUUCUUUACUUUCCUCGCUGCAUGUCUGUACAGUUAAUUCUCAUACAGUAGCUCUGUAUGGCCGACUCACUAAUCAUUAACCACAUUCUCUGUGUGGUAGUUUUUUUUACAAAUUCAUGAACUCUACUCCUUGUACACUAAGACUACAUCGCUGAUAUUAUGACGGACAGAGAUACAGGCUUUUGUCACACAACAAGAAAUGUAUAAAUGUCAUUGUUGCUUAUAGGAGAACUCCACCGAUUUAAAAAUGGGGAAAUCACGAUGAAUAGCUUAAAAAAUGGUGCAGAUUUUCGUCGAGUUUCCAUCUAAAUGAAGUGUGAAUUUUAACCAAAACUUCAGCUUAAAAAAAUCUGCAAGAAUUUCACAUUAAUAUAAGGAGAAAAAAGAGGGUGUGUCAAAGUGACGUCAUUAAAACAACAAUGGAAAAACGAUAUUGCUAUUUCUAUGAAGGUGACUUUUAUUUUAUUUUCUCUGUCACUAUUUAUUAACUUUUCAAUGUAAAUGCAUUUAAGGUACGUCACUGUGACACACUUUUAAAUAAAAAUGUAUCCGUGUUUUGCAAUUUUAAGAUGUGUAUUAAAAUAGAUACACACUUAGUAUUUUUAUUUAACUUUUUUUUUCUUUGACUUAAACCUUUUGCCUACAUUGCCCAUAAUGCAACAGUUCAAGUGUGUAGCCGCUAAUUAUGCCGUUUUUGUUUAUUUCUAAUUUUUCCAGUCAGGUUUUUUUUAUUUCACAAAAGUAAAAUGCUAAUUAAAACAAAGUCUUUCAAAAAAAAUGUAACACUUUAUUCCACAACUUGGUACUACAUCACCCAUAAUGCAACACUUCAUUCUAGCGUUUCAGGUGUUCCAAUGGUGGCUCAUUCAGUCAGGUUUUAUUUGUUUUUGCCAAUUUAAAAAACAGCAAGUAGAAGCUCAUACUGCCCAAUUAUAUUUAUUUGUAUAUUACACAUAUAGUUGUACUAAACAAACCCAUUUUUAAUUUAUUUUUAACCUAUGUAGUGGCACUUCCCAAGACGUGAAAACAGCUUGUGUGUGUCCAAUCGGUGGAGUUCCCCUUUAAUUGGAACAGAUAAUGGAGAAUAUCUCACUGUGUUGCUAUGGAGACGACCUCCUGUCUGUCUGUCAUCACCACAGAGGAGGGGCUACAGUAUCUUGUGCCUUUUUUAACACAAACGGUGGAUGUGAUGCAGCCAGGUUUUGGAUUAGCAUGACUUUCUAAUGUAAUACCCAGUGAUGAUCUCCUCUGUACUCCACAUGUAUACUCUUUGUAUAUAUUUUUAUAACCUCUUGCCUGCACAAUGAUUAAUCCGGCCAAGUAUUAUAAUCCAAAGCUGAUCCCUUUUCUCGGGGAGUUUUGUGUUUUUCUCCUGAAAUACAGGGAGGUAUGUCUCUAUGAAUGUUGUGAUUUUAGUUAUUUAGUGGCAUUAGAGAUGCGCUCACAGUGUCCCGAGGCAGUCAGAAUGGAAAUUAUAUUUUUUCACUUUACGACAGGUUAGUAAACGGGGAGGCUAACAUCUCAUUUCUCCAGCCUCCUAAUCUCGAAGCUGUGAAUAGUUGUAGAAAGAAACUGUAAUAUCAACAAAAAAAACUAUAAUAAUCAGAGUACACUGUGGGGAAUGAGCCGAGAAGCAGGUGCACUUCUUCGUUUUGUUUUGUUUUGCCGUCUUUGAGUUUUAAACUGCUCGUGCACAAAGUAAAACGACACUCACGAGAAUUGCAAUGUACCGGAGAGAGUUUUUGUAUGUUUCAGGGUUUUCUACAGAAUAUAUUUCAACACCUGAUAUAUGUGUCUCACACCCUGGGGAUGUUCGGACAGAAAGAAUUGAUGGAUUAAAAAAAUAAAAAAGGCUGCUAUUGUAAAGGCCGGGAUCUGAAUCGUAUCAGGUUAGAACAACCACAUUUGCCUUUUCUUUCUUUUUUUGGGGAGGCCAACGUUCAUUAUGUCAAAUAAUGAAUAUAUUUAAAGAUAUAUUAUUAAGGUAUAUACAAACCUGUGUAUAUCAAAGUAUUGAACACUGAUGCACCAAUUAAACGAAUUGUAAGUGUGUUUAAUUUCUCUUCUUUCUUAGGUACAUUAAAACAGUGCUGCAUCAGAAUCUGGUACUUAAACAGUACAUCUUACACCUGGUACUUGGGCAGUUUUGAUGUGAAGUUUGAUUCUAUUAAAUAACAUGGAUUAAGAAUUGUAUAAUGAUUGAAAAUGACUGGAAAAAUUGCGGAUAAAUUGACAGCAAAUAUGAUUUUUCUUUUGAUUGACUUGCCAGUGUGGCUUGUGUUGUUUCCCCCUCUUUGACUUGUUUUUAUUUUUUGUCUUUUAAUGCAAUGCAAUCUCUUUCAUUUCUUUGUUUUCUGGAGAUUUUAAUGUGAAACAGCCUACACUACACGCAGGCCUCGUCUGAGCGUCGUCUACAAUGACCACUACUAAUGAUCAUGUAACUGUAGUGCUGGAAGUUGAGACUUACUUGAAAGUGUUGCUCUUCAAUAAAGUUGAAGACCAAGAGAAAACAGU